AUGUUAAGAAACAUAUCGGCUUCAUUUGAUACAACAUGGCAGAUGAUGUCCAAUGACUACUUUAAGACCAAUCUUCAGGAAAAAUUUAAUCAAAUUGGUGAUGUGUCAGUUUCGUGGAAAGGAGACAGUUGUACAUUCGAAUGCAAAACCUUAAAACAAUUCCUAAAAGUAUGCAAGUACGUUUCUGAAGUUGAACUGGAUAUUGCCUACCAGCAGUGCAAACGUGAUUCUGAUUCAUCGUCGCCAUCGAAUGUUUUUGAAGAAAUGCAAUUUGACGAAAAUAUUUGGAUGCUUUUAAAGAAAAUGAACAAUUUAGAAGAAAAAGCGGUUGAAUAUUCAGUAGAAUUGCAAACAUUUGUUGAAAGUGAAGGAAUAAUAGUCGUCAUUAUAACACAAAAAAAGGAUGUUGCUGGUUCAGCUGAUGACGGCAGACAAAAUUGUUUUCUGAUGAAAGAAUAUUUGAGCAUGCUAUGUCAAAGUGCUUUAUCUUCUAUGACGUCUGAAAUUUUCAACAUCCAUCAAGUUCCGACUGUUAGGGAAAUUGAAAAAUUAAAUAAGAGAUUCCCAGAUGUUUUUAUAAAAUUAAUACCUGGUAAGAAUUCUAUAGAAGUUGUUGGCACCAGAAAUAAUUGCCUUCGCGCUAAGAAACACAUUAGAGACAAGUACAAUUCACUUCUCAAAAAGACUACUCAUGUAAAAAAAAAUAUUCCACCAUCAAACUACGAGAUGUGGAAAGAUAACUUAAAGAAAAUUGAUAAUGCAGGAUUGAUGGAUGCAGAUGUAAAAAGUGAAACAUAUAAUGUGGAAAAUACGGACGAUGCCAGAGACGAUGACGAAGACGACAACUACGCGUGUAGUAGUAGUAGUAGAUCAGUUCUGUUUAAUAAACAAGGAAUUAAUAAAAUUGCUGCUGGAAAUUCACCGUUAAAUUUAACGAAACCUGGUGAAACGAUUCCAUCCAACACUAGUAAAAACUACGCAUUACUACCGACAAAUUUUAAUAAUAGUAAGGUUUUUGGUAGUGAUGACAAUGACGAUGAACAAAAUUAUGAUUACAACGACGACGCUGAUGAUAAAAACUUUUUAAAACAUUUAAAUAAAGAUAAUAAAGAUUUUAUGGAUGGUUCUAAGAUUAAUGGUGAUUCUUACGACGGUAGCGAUAGAAAUGACAAGAAAAGUAACACAAACUUAUUUAUUGACCAAGCUUUGGCUGGUGACAUAGCAUAUAAUGAUGAUGAAGAUGAUGGCGAUGGUGGUGUUAAAAGUGAUGACAAUCAUGGAAAAGAUGAUCAUGCUUCCAGAACUGAUGCUGACGGUAAAGAUGAUAAGGAAGAUACACAUGAGAGUAUAUUUCAUAUUUCUGAAGAAGAUUAUCAUGAUCAUAGAUCGGAGAAUUAUCUUGCAAAUGAAAACAAAUUUAUAGCAGUAACUGGUGAUAAUGUCGAAUUUUACGAAACCGAAAAAACUAAUUCAACUGCGAACGCGCAAGAAACGAACAAUGAAAUAAAUACUAAAGAUAAAACAGACGACAACAGUGGAACACUUGAUGGAAAAACGAGUGAAACAAACAUUUCGGCGAGAACAGCCCACAUCAACGCUAGCUUCAUCGUGCGCGAGUUUCAACUCACCACAUCCUUCAACAACCCCAACAACACAGGAAUGUUUGAUUCAUUGUAUAAAAUCAGAAAAAAUAACAAACAACGUUCCAAUGUUGUCUUUCGUAAGCAAAAAUUACCAACGAAACCCGGUGACUUACUUUAUGAUGAUGGUGAUGGUGAUGAUGAUGAUGAUGAUGAUGAUGAUGAUGAUGAUGAUAAGGACAAUGGUGAUAAUCAUGGCAGUAGUGAUGAUCGCAAAGGUGUUGAUGCAGAUGGACAGAAAUUGGAGUCUGAACCUAGCAACAAAAAGGUUUCUAAAACAAUCCAACCCACUGAAAAACCUGGCAAGCUUCCAUACGAAUCAGAUUCUGAUGAAAAUCAAUAG